CAGAGGGGCAGGAUGGGGUGAGGGACACAAGGUGGAACUGGGGGUGGCAGUAGGACAGUGGGGACAUGGGGGAUGGCAGAAGGGCCACAGAGAGAACAGAUUGUUACCAAGGGUGGCAGAGGGGAUCUGGACCGUGGUGGGGGGUGACAGGGUGACUGAGCUGUGGCAUCUCCAGAGGGUGCUGGUGGUGUCCCCAGUGUCCCUGUGUGUCCCAGUGCCAUGUGGCCAUGCCUGCUGCUCGCUCUCGCCCUGCUGGGCACUGUCCCUGCCAGCCACCCUGCCCCCCGCCAGCCCCAGGGGGUCCCCGCUGGUGACACCGCCCAGCUGUACUAUGCCGUGGUGAAGAAGCUGCACACCUACUCGGGUGCCCAGCGCUACUGCCAGGACGUGUACCGGGGCCAGCUGGCCUCCGUGCACAGCGCUGCCCGCAACCAGGAGCUGCAGAAACUGGCACGAACCUACCGCAUCAUCAUUGCACCCUGGAUUGGAGCUGUCACCAGCUGCAGGCAGGCAGGGCAGUGGGAGUCCUACUGGGAGGACUCCAGCCCCUGGAACUACGCGAACUGGGCACCCACCCACCCCUUCCACAUUGUCACCACCUGCACCACUCUCAGCAUCCGAGAUGGGCUCUGGCGAAGCCGCUUCUGCUUCCAGCUGCGCCCCUUCAUCUGCCAGUACUGAGCUCCUGGCACUGCCAUGGCAGCCCAGUUCCUUUCCCAGUAAAGCAGAGGUGUCCUGA